UACACGUAUUCCGGUACUCCAUAACACUGUGUAUGCAUGUAUGCGUUAAGUGCCUAACGUUGCUCAGCCGUUUCAGAGUAUUAUUGUUUUAUUUUGAAAGAGACAACCGGAAGUCUAUGACGAAAAUCCUGGCAAGAUGGCGAUGCCCAUGAGGAGGACUUUGGGGGCUCUUCAUAGAGCGAUUUGUAGCAGUUUAAAGAAUGCUGAGACGUCUCUGGAUGUGCAACAUCCCAUUCCACUUUACCUGCCGGUCCGAACCAAAAAGCGGUACUUUAUCCCUCCAGCAGUGGGAUUGAAGGGGAAGAGGCAGGAAAACACAGAGGCCAAAGCCCGGGCAGCAGGCAUCGUCUUCAGGCAGCAGUACUUUGAGAGGCCAAUCAAUAUCGCCUGCACUGCGGGGAUCUUCGACCCCUACAUACCCCCGGAGGGUGAUGCUCGUCUUUCCACUCUGUCUAAAGAAGGCCUGAAACAACGUACUGAACAGAUACGACAAAGUGCCGCCUCACAGCUGGCGAUUCGUAAAAUCAAAGAGCACGACUCCGUGUUCACAACAAAGGAUUUUGCAGAGAAAGCUCAAGAAAUCUUUAUUGAGGCUCACCACGCCCUGACACAGUUCAACAAGGAGAAACUUCACUCCUUGGUGACUGAGAGGUGUUAUCCUGAGAUGACAAGGGGUAACCGAUACAAGACGAUCUGCUGGAGGUUUGUGGAGUCCCUGGAGCCACCCAGAGUGGUCCAUGCUCGCUGCCCUGACAUGGUCUCCAAAGGCAACCUGUAUGGGCAGGUGACGGUUCGCAUGCACUCCAAGCAGACUCUGGCCAUCUAUGACCGCUUCGGGAGGUUAAUGCUGGGAAGCGAGGAGCAGCCGAAGGAUGUAUUGGAGUACCUGGUCAUAGAAAGGCAUCUCAUCAACCCCUACGGCCGGUGGCGGUUACAUGGAAAAAUAGUGCCAUCUUGGGCCCCUGCCAAGGAUCCAAUUAUUAAGACGGUCAUGAUUCCUGGUCCAGAGCUGAAGCCAGGAGAAGAAUUUGAUGCCCUGAACUAUGAAGUUCCUAAACCAGAGGCAGUACAGUGGUAUAAAUGAGCCACCAGGGGGCGCUGCGCCUUUCAUCGAACCACAGGCGGACUGUGUUAUUCAUGGGCCAAAUGUUGUUUAAAAGUUGGCUGUGGCUGGUUAUAAUUUGUCCACUUCGGCAGGAAACCAGGCUUCCCUAUGAGGCUCGUUUCUGAUUGAAAAGAGGCUUUGGUUGUUGAGGCACUGGAAGCAGCAGGUGAAUUUUAGAUACUACUGCACAGAAAGCCAAUAAAACCUUCUUUUCAUGA